UCUAGGUGGCUCACCACUAUAAAGCAUACGUUAAUAGGGGGCCACAAAAAUCGCAGGAUCGGCCCUGUAUUUUGUCCCUGAAUAAUUGUCAGAGAAACAGAGAGAGGAGAAGAGAUUCCGUUCUCUUUAUUGUUCAACUAAUUAGAUCUCCUCUUUGAUUCCUGACUUUUCACUUUCCCGGUACUAGAAAACCCUACAUAAAUCCAGACUCAAUCAAUGAAUAUCUGAAAAUUUUCCGAUUCAAGUAAUGGAAGGAGAAUUAGAUUAUCAGUUAUUAUGAUUUCAUCAUCUUCUUCUUCUUCUCCAUCAUGGUUCUCGGGAUUUGUUAGAAGUCGUAGUAGUGUUAAACCCGAAAACCCUAGUAACAUGAUGACUACUGACGCGAUCGCUAGUGAAGGAGGAGGGAUUCUCAGUGGUGGUUCUGUUAAUCGGAAGAAUCAUGGAUUUCUAUUCAAGUAUGGCCCUAAAUCUGCUCAGGUUGCAUUUAAGACUGGGGAUUUCAAACAGCAAGUCAUUUUUAUUGGUGGAUUGACUGAUGGUCUUUUAGCUACUGAUUAUGUGGAACCUCUAUCAAUUGCUCUGCAAAAGGAAAAAUGGUCCCUGGUCCAGCCUUUGCUCUCAUCAUCUUAUACCGGAUAUGGUACCUCAAGCUUGAAACAGGAUGCUGGGGAGCUCGAUCAGCUAAUCAGCUAUUUAAUUAAUAAAGAAGAUUCUACAGGUGUUGUGCUUGUAGGGCACAGUACUGGAUGUCAGGAUAUUGUUCAUUACCUUCGCACAAAUGCUGCAUGCUCCAGGGCGGUCCGGGCAGCCAUUCUUCAGGCUCCAGUUAGUGAUCGAGAGUUUAGAGCAACUCUUCCUGAGACAGCAGAAAUGAUCGACUUGGCGUCAACGAUGAUCAGUGAGGGUCGGGGUGAUGAGUUAAUGCCACUCCGAGCAAAUCCAGAUGCCCCUAUUUCUGCCUAUAGGUAUCACUCACUUUGUGCAUACAUGGGAGAUGACGACAUGUUCAGUUCUGAUCUUACUGAUGACCAACUGAAGACUAGACUUGGACAUAUGUCACAAACACCUUGUCAGGUUAUUUUUUCAAUGGCUGAUGAGUAUGUUCCGCAAUAUGUUGAUAAGAAAGCAUUGGUGGAGAGAUUAUGCAAAGCAUUGGGUGGAGCAGAGAAAGUUGAGAUUGAAUGGGGAAACCACUCUCUCUCUAAUAGGGUUCAAGAAGCAGUACAAGCAAUAGUAGAGUUUGUUAAAACAGAGGGACCCAAAGGUUGGGAUGAUCCAUGGCACUAACAAUAACCCAUUCAAAGUGUCCAUUUCUUUCCCCGAUUUUUUUCUAGGUUACUUUCUGUUGUCAUUCCUUUCAUUGUAUCUUUUUCAUCUUUCCUGGUCUGUUCUUUCUUCUUCUUUUGUGAGAUUGAUUGAAAUCUAUCUGAAUGCGUGAUCUUGCAUCAAAUUUAGUGUUAUUUGGGUCGGAUUAAAAUAUGUUUGCAUCCGUAUUUUCAAGAACGAUUUUUUGGG